AUGGAGCCGGCUGCUGAUCCCAUCGGCGUUAGGACCGCUCGGCGCGCUCAGGUCCGGAGGUGGUAUAAGGUUCGCAAUCUCUCUCGUCGCUGCCAGUUGCAGGAGGAGAUUGCUUUUAAGUGAAACGGCGGUGCCACCCCCUCUGCGCCUUCCUCGCAGCUCGCCCUCCCUCUCGCAUUGAUCGCGUCCUGUCCUUAAGUUUGCGAGCUUCUUUUCGCCACUGCAGGGGCCGCGGCGAGCGCCCAGGAGCUGCCGGUAGGAGUAGUACCCAAGGAGAAUUUGCAGUCCUGCAAAAGAGAGAGAGAGGAGGAGGAGGAGGAGGGGUGUGUUGCAUGUAUAUUUCAUCCGAUGGACUUUUCCCCGCGUCUCGCCGUCGACGCUGAUGUGCAGUGACAUUUCUGACUGGAGCGCCGCGACGCGCCCCGGAAGCGGCGGUGGCGGCGGCGGGGCCCUGGGAGAGGCGAGGAGGCUCUGGUCGGCGCCAAGGCUAAUUGCGGUGAUUUAUGUCCCUUCCGAGCACCUUCAACGUCGGCGGCCGAAAAUAAAAUGAAAGCUGGGGGGGUCCCGCAGCGACAGCCGCCGCCGCCACCAGCACGACGGGAGCAGCCGCGCCACCUGGAGCCGCCGCGGCCGGCGGGCGAGCAGCGCGCGCCCCGCGCCUGCCCGCCAAAAGUUUGACGCCAAGAAGUGCGGCGGCCUGAGGGAAAAGCCGGCCGGGGAAGGGCGGGAAAGUCCCUGCGGAGCGGGACGCCUGAAGGGACGCCGUCUUCCCGCGCCGCCCUUCCCGCCACCUCUGUCCGAGCCAGGUCCCUCCCUCUGCCUCAGGAUUUCCCGCCCCGUUGUUAGCCAAGCUGGGCUGCUGCUGCUGCUCCAAAGUGGCCGCGCCAGAGGAGUGGCUAAUCCCCGCCGGGCGCCGCGCACGGGGAGCGCCCAGCCACAGCCCGAGGCUCGCUUUGCUCUCCCUUGCCUCGCUCGCGCAAGUCUCUCUUUUUGGGGGGCGUGAGGUGUAACUUUGUUAGCUAGUCGCCUGCGAAGGGAGAGCGGCGGCGGCGGCGGCAACGGCACGCGGGAGGAGCGGCCAGUGAGGGCAGCCCUCGUUUUCCCCUCAGCGUCCCUGCGCCGCCGGAGAGGCACCACAGCCUCGUUGGCUCCUGCGCCCGCCAAGGGGGUCCCGAGCGAAGGCGGCGCCCGGUUCCUCGGCCUCGGCGUCUUUUCCUCCUGCCCGACGCGCGCAGCGAUUGCCCCGCACGGUGAGUAAAACUGUUGCCCGCCCUCCAGACGGCGCUGUGCGAAGGAAGGAAGGGGUAAACUUCCCCACCCCAAAACGAGGUUUCUCCCCACUUCGGCUCGCUUGCUUAAGAUCCCAGAGCUGGAAAAGAUCGAGGACCCUUUCGCAGCCUGCCCGGGGGAAACUUCGCUGUUGGCCAGACACAGAGGCACGAGAUCCCAUCCGAGGUUUGUUGGGACUUUCUCACCUAACUGGCUGCUGCGGCGCCCUCUUUCCCUUCCACCGUGCAAAGGGCUAUCUGAAGGGGAUGCUCUAUUUUUAUUAUUAUUUUCUAUCCCGGGUUGGAGGGAUGGAAAGUGGGGAGCCUCCGGUGGCAUUGGACCUGGAUGCAGCGCUGUGGUUUGCUCAGAGGAAGCGGGUGUUCAUCUAUCUGCCCAUGUACUUUUUAUAUAUAUAUGCAGCGUCUUCAGAUGCAUAUUUCCGUAGCAAGCAGAAUUAUUGUGCUUUUCUGGCGUUUCCUCUUCGCCGCCGCCCCCCCCUCCUCCCCGCAGUAACCAAUUAAGAGAUAUUUAGAAGAGGGAAAGGAGAUCAAACUUAGAUACGAAUAGAAACUGCGCCCUCUGCCGUUCGUCCGGGAGGGUCUUCCGUGGGGAAGGCGACCAGAUUUGCAAUCUUGGCGAAAGGGCGGAAAUGUGCUAGGGGGGUUGUUUCUAGGAAAGAGGGCAAUUGACCUUUUAUUAUCAAACAGCGAAUAUGUUCAGUGGUGGUGGCGGGGAUCCAGGCAUCUUUUCUGAGAAGGCAAUGAAGCUAGAGAUGUACUCCUUGGGCUGGCACCGUCUCCCCUGAAAUGCAUUCUUCUGCUAGUGGGGUGUCCUCAAUUCUGAACCAUCUAAUUAAAUUCUGCUUCAUAAGGGAACCUUCAAUUGGUUACCUUCCUGUCCUGGAUCUUUGCUAGCUUAGAAUUUCAUUUUAAAAUCACAGAAUCGAUGGCACAAGAUUUAAAGAAGGGAGAGAACCUCACUGUUGCAAUUUACAAAAAAGGGUUAUCCUCAGCACGAGAUCUUUCCCUGAAAAAAAAUUUUUUUUUAAUGAUGGCAGGCAGUAAGAAAAGGGAAUACGUUUGCUAAAUACAGACUACUUUUUAAAAUGGAUCAUCUGAGCCAAAGCUGCUAAAAAAGUGCACCGUUCAUUCUGAAUCCGAGUAGCUUUUUCUGUUCUGUGAAUAAAGAUUUUUGUGCAGGGAGGAAAUGUGAUUCAAAAUACAGCAAAAAGACUGGGAGAGGUGGCUUAAGCCCAGCUCCACUGGGUCUUCGUUCUGAUGUGAAAUGAAAUACAAUAUUUCUAAAUUGGUCAGAUAUAAGUGUUGGGGUUGUGGGGCGGUGAGAGAGGAAAAUGAGUUUAUCCCCCAAAAACAAAAGCAUCAGAUGACAGUGAGCUAUGAUGAAAAGGUGUAUUCAACAGAUAACAACUCUUAAAAGUUUGCAUGCUUUACAUCUUGUUCCCUUAAAGAAAAAGUAUGAGCCAUAUAUUGAUAAAUAUUUCUUUCUUCAUCUUUCUGUUUUCCAAAUAUAUGAAAGCAGGGGAAUAAAUAAGGCAGUGGUGCAGAUUGUGGGUUGCCAGGCCCCUUUCCUCAUAGGUUUCCUUGUUUUUAGAAUCUGUUUGAAAAUAGCCCAAUCCUAAACCUGCUUAAUUGGAAGUACGCCACAGCGAACUUAAUUGAGCUUUAUCCUUGAGUGGAUAUGUAAAAGAUGAUUCUGUCAAAUAGAUUUCAUAACACAAUCUUGUUAGACUCGAAAUGUGUUCCUGGAAGUCACUUAUAACAUCAUAUAAAUUCAGCCCAUACUUUUCUGUCAAGUUUUAGGAACUUGAAAGAUUUCUGUAUUUGCCCUAACAAGAGAGUUGGGUAAGUACACCGCAAAAUGUGUCAUUUGAAUCAUCGUGGAUCCUGUAUGAACUAUUUCCACAGCAGUUCGCAAUUAGAGAUGGAUAUUCAUUCUUUCUCAAAUUGUCACGCCUAAAUCACAUUUAAAAGUGCAACUGCAUUUGUGAUCCAAGGUGUAGAAUUAUUACUAUUAUUUUAAACAAAGCCAGGGCUUUUUAGCUUAUCGGCAGCCAAUUCCUUGCAUAUAUUUAAGUGGUAACAAAUAUUGAAAUUCAGCUGGAAAAUUUUGAGUGUCGUGAGAAGUCAUCCUGUACGCAGGGUUGCAUUGCUACAUGCAGAAUUGUUGCCGCAGUUUGUUACUUUCCAACAACUUUUCUUACGUUGUGCAGGCACCAGUCUUUCCCUGGUAAUUGUUCCUAACUGUUGCAAGCAAUAGGCUAUUCUGUAGCAGCUACUUAAAUGAAGGAUAGGCGCUUCAGCAAUCUAUUGCAGUUAUAACAAUACAUGCUUCCAACAGUGACUGAUAAUAUUGUCCUCGAAUGAAAGCAUGUGAUUCAUUUUCCUUCCAAUUUGAAUACUGUGUUACUCUAUGAGGCAUUCGUGUACUGUGUUUUCCGGAUAAUGCUGCAAGACAGAAAAAACGGAACAGUCAUCAUUGGGGGUUAGGUUGCUUUAGAGCCCUUGGUUUUCGUGAUUAAAUUUCAAAUCUUGUCUCUCUCUCUCUCUCUCUCUCUCUCUCUCUCUCUCUCUCGCCUUACAACUUAAAAUUCCAAAAAUCCCUCUUACCUUCCCAAGGGAAAAAUAUCUGCACUGUUCCACAGUUCAAAAAUUUUAAUUGCUUUUUUUAAAAAAAAAAAAAAAAAGCUAGACUCUUUACCAUCAAAAUCCUCUUAUAUAUUUCACCCAAACCCAAUGUAUUUUACUACUUUCCAAGCCUAAGGGCAUAAAGCAUAUACCCAAUUAUCCAUAUGGUCCUAUUUUUGCUUGUUCAGCAGCUAAUUUAGUAUUUAUGAAAAGCAGUGGGCUAGUUCUAAAUGCAGAGGUUUCGCAUACACCAGGUUUCCAUAGUCGUGGGGGCACUGUACAAAAUUGGCAUUUUCCAUUUUUGAUCCCACAUCCAAGGAGGUAAAGUGCAAACCCUAUUUUAUAUAUAUGUUCCCUUUUAGCUUCCAAAGUUGACUGAGCUUGACCUUUAUUUUAUUUUUUAAGAUGUGGGCUGGUUUUAAAUGCCGAGACCCUAGCUUACCCUACCAGAUUUGAUUUCCUGAGUGGUGGUGGGGGGAGUGGAAAAUUGUGGUGGUUUAUUGCACGUUCUGGAUUGUGUUCAUAACAGUAUUAUUGGAGCCUUUGAAGAAAACACCACCCAAAAUGCCAUGAAAGGUUUUUAAAGAAAACUUGUAGAGAAUACCAUAGAAAACAGUUGACACAUAUCUGCUUCAUGGUUUCAUUAUCUAUCUACCAAGCUAUCUACAGUACUAAGUUAUGUUUGAUUUGCAUGUGACAAUGUAACGAAAGGCUGCAAACCUGACCACACUUCCUUAAAAUGCAUAAACGCUUUACUUCUUUUGAAGUAAAUAUAACUAGAACUGGUUUGGGUUCUUUAUUUUUUUACUCUUUUUAAAAUCAAAAUCAAGCCAAGUAGAAGAGGCAACCCUCACCUGGAGAGUUCUCCUGACAGCAUCCCCAAUCAUCUCAUUCUUGGGUGACAGUUUUUAUAAUGAGAUGAUUAUUAUUGCGAGUGCGGGAAGAUGGUGCUGUUCCCAGUGACCAAGCCUACUACAAGAAGCUACAUUUGCCAGCAAAAUGCUAAUGAGAAUUGACAGUUCUCUUUUAUAAUAAUUAAUUACAGCUGGCAUUCGCUUUUGGUGUCUGAGCUGGGGUAUCAAAUUUGGUAUGCGUGAUGAAUGCAACAUGCAAGGCUGGGCAUCGAUUAUCCGUCCAUGCCUAAGAAUAGAUUGCUGAUUACGAAGCGAUUAAUAUCACUGUUUUAAGUCACGAUAAAUGCAAGUUAGGAAUGGGUGGGGUGGGGGUGGGUUGUGAAAUGCCUGCUGGGUUUUUUUCAGACACUGGAGAAUAGGGCAUAGGUAGAAAAUUUCGGGGUCAAAGUACCUCGGGAGUGAUGAGCUAUCAGAAACAAGGGACAGCUCCAAUACACUGUGUGUUGUGGCUCUGUUGAAUACAGUUAGCAUAAUCCAUUUAUUUUUCCAGCAGAUUGCAAUUACCUUUCCUUCAACUAAGGAAGAUGCUAGAUUUUGUAUGUGAGAUGCUGUGGAUCAAUUCAGUUUAAUAUGGUAGGUUGCAUGAUUGGAUAGUAGGCAGAGGUUAUAAACCCUUGGGAGGAUUCACAACACCAGACAUCUGUCAGUUAUUUGCACUUCUUUGUUAUAGAUCAAAUAUGAAUUGGGAAAAUGCUGGGGUGGGGGGGUGGCGGAAUCCUACUUGAUUCUUCAAAGCUCCACUACAGAUGUUAAUGUUCAAAAAGUUUAUGAUAGGAAGUUCAACUAGGAAUCUUAUUUGAAUUGUACUGAAAUAAACUGCUGUUCUGUUUAGGAUCAAAGUGGAAAUUUGUGAGUUCGUGCAAGAAAAUAAAAUCAUUACGACUGUAGGUAGCUGAGACGUGGCUUUCAUGAGUUGCUCUCCUCCCUCCCAUGCUUAAUUGCAACAUGGGUCACAUGAUGUUAUUGCCCCAAACACCGACGACCCUUAGUCUGUGAUCUUAAGUCAGUAUCUUUCCCUGUGUCACUGAGAGCUCAUUAAUAAUGAGACGCUGCCAACCAGCUAAGGUAUGCUGCAUUAGCUUUUGCCAAAGCAUGACAUUUUUAAUACAUUAAUAAUAUGUCUGUAAUGUAAUGAAAAACUAUUAAUCAUGUACCGGACAGGUGCCAGAAAUUUAAGCUAUAAUUGGCUGCUUCUUGUCAAACAUGCCAUUCACAUGUUCUGGUAUCUGUCUGAUUCUCAAAUCACCUGCAGAAUCUUCUCCACUUUCCCCUUGUCAGCACACUAAAUUCGAUCAAUGAUACAGUCUAUAAUUCUGCGUAAUGACCAUCAUAAUGACUCUAAACUUUCCUUAAUGAGGAUUCAUUAUUCAGGGGAAAGGGUACAGCCUAGUGAAGAGAGGUAGUGUUCAGUGCUGCUCUUAGUCUCCACUUGCUGCAUUUGUGCUUUGUGUGUCUGCUGACAUCUUGAUGAAAAAAGGAAAGCUCCACAAGAAAGGUUAGGUAUUUAAGCACACAUUUGCUCAGGAGUAAAGGGUCCUGAAAAUAAUAGGGCUUACUUGCAGAAGUGCAUCUUUUUAUUCACAAAGGUACUUCAUCAUUUCAGCAUUCAUUAUAUAUAGCUUUUUUUCUGGUAAUCAUACAUUUGAUUUCUUAAAGAAAAGAUCAAAUAAUACCAAAAAAGUGAAUUAUUUCUUUAGUAAACCCUUCCCCACCCCAACGAUGAAUGGGAGCGGGGAAAGGAAAUCUGCCUUCUUUCUAAAAAGGUGCAUUUUGGACUAUACAAUGGAAGAAACUCUAAAACAGCAGAUUUGAAAUGAAUCAAACGCUGUUUCUAAAUUACCAAAUGAAUGCAUGAAAUGGCUUGGUGAUGAUUACACAAGACUAAGCAUACCAAAACUGAAGGGAGAUGUUCGACAAGAUGGUAUGGUUUUAAAGGUAUAUUCGUUGAAAAAUAUGUAUAUUAUAAAAAUGCUUCUAGGUUUGUGACAAUUUAAAAUUCCAACAUUGUGCAGCUCAUUGCUGGAAGGAAAUUCAAGUAGCCAGAACACUUUCUAAUGCAAUGCAAUGCAUGUAACAGCUGUACAAUACCAUUUUAUGAAAUGAAUAUAAUAGGAAAUUGCACUUGCGUCCAUAAGGCAAUUAUUGUAAUUUGCUAUGGAAACACAAUUCAGCCAUCUGUUGGCACUGCGUAGUCUCUGUAGCUAAGUUCAGUUUCAAGACGGUGCCUUCUUUGAAUAGAAGGAACUUGUUUACAAAAAUUGCUUUGAAGACCAGGUUCCCUUUCCCUGGAAGUAGAUGUUUUCUGGAAUGAGCUGUAAGAAGUUACUAUAAUGUGGGGAGCUUUUUUUUCAUAUGUGUGCCAUCAUAGUCUCAAUAAUGCAGCUAGCUAGAAGAUCAAAACUAACAGAGGUAAGCAGCUGUAUGAAGCACAGCUGCUUCCAUAUGCCAAGGGAGAGCUCUGGGAGAGCUGGUGGUGGAUGGUGGCUUAAUACCAGAUUGUUAAGAAUGGGGCUAUAUGAUUAAACGCAUCAUCUUGGGGGAAAUUGCCAGAAAGAACCAGCUCCUUGUUCCCUUGAAGUCUGUAGAUCAGCCUCCCAACAUUCAGAAAGCAUCAUUAAAGGCAAACAGAGUGGCACAUUGAAAUGCUUCCAUCCCAGCAUAGGUCUGAGGACUGUGGCCUGUACCAGGGAAUAACUAAACUCUCGUAUUUUCAGGGGCCACACUAUUCUCCAGGUGCUAGACUCUUAAAUUGGAACAAUCUGAUUUGCUUGCAGAUACUCUGGAUCCAUGAACCAAUUGGCACCAUCUAAAGCUAAGGGCUUCACAGAUUUUGAGCUCAAACAUCAUAUUAUAUACACAUAUGCACAAGCUGUGUGCAAAAUCCAAGAGAGAUGUCACCAUCAAGUGUGGAAUGCCUUUACUUCUUGGAGCCUGUAAACUCCCCCCCCCAAAAAAACCUUUGGGAACUUUUGAUCACAACUUAACUAAAAUCUGGUAGAGCAGGGCUGGGCAGACUUCAAGCUUGUCAAAUCUAUAUUCUUGCUGUUGUUUACUAGGACAUAUAAUUAGAAUCAAAGCAGAAGAUGCCGUAGGAAUUUGUUUUCAGUACCAGAACUGAGAUGAGCUGACAGCCCCUCCACAGAAAGUCCACUCCCAGUUCUCUUCAUUUCACUUCUUUUCAUUAAUUUAGGUGGGGAAAGUUAUUUUGUUGCUGGUACUGUUUAACAACUGGCAGUCAGAAAUCCUUUCUGAUCUACUGCUGGUACAGAGAUCUAUCAGUAGAUCCCGAUGACCCUCUGCCCACCCCAGAGGACAGGAAAGAAUGCUUUUGGGGGGGAGGGGGGCUUGAUUAAGCCUGACGGCUGUUAAGUGAACAUCUCUGUCCCAUGGUUCUGUGCAUGAUUUUGUAUUUAGAAAAAAAAUAGUUGUAGCAUUUAAUUAAUUUACAGCACAGUGUUUUAUGUCCCUCUCCUGUGAACAGAGGGGGUUUGAGAGGAUGGCUUCUGCUCUGGAAAUUGACACAUAAAAGGACAUUAAAAUAAUAAUAAUAAUAAUAAUAAUAAUAAUAAUAAUAAAAAGAAAAUACAGAAGGCCUAUAGAAAGAGGAAAUUAUUAUAAGCUGCAAAUGAGCCAACUGUUAUCUUUGUCAUUAAACACAAUUAAACAAAAGAAGCAAAGCUCUUCCAGUACUAAUGAGAAAAAAUCCAAAGAGACAGAAGUGUGCUCAUAAUAUCUCUCUUAUUAAGCUAACAAAAGCUGAGACAUGUACUAGACACUUGGAGCUGUCUCCCAGGCCUUCUUUCCAAGAGAUGAAAAGCGCACAAGUUGUUGUCAGCCCUUUGUCGCUGUAAUAAAAGAUCCACUACCUCUGGUGGGUUGGGGGUUUCUAUCCCCCUUUUGGUUAUGAAAUUCAAAAGCUGUUUAAGGGCUAUUUCUUGCUCUCGGGCUUUGCCAAGAUGGAAAUACCAUUUCUGAAGCAAAUAAACCAAGGGAAAGAGGGACUCAGGACUCACUGAGAAUGCUACAUAUCUGUCUUUGUUAGAGAGGAGUUAAAUCUUUCAUGUCAAAAUAGUUUUGGUGAUGAGUGAUUCCGGUAGUUUGUUCACUCCAGUAAAAGCCCCUCCAGUAAAGGUUAUCCAGAUUAUUCCAAUUUACCUUAUAUUGUAUCAAAGGCUCUUGAAAUGUCAACAUAUCGUAUAUUUUUCUAAUGCAUUGAUUCUUGGACAAUAACUCUUACUUUUAUUGUUUCUAAAAGGGUGCUGGUGCCAGAAGAAAAGAAUGAUUGA